AUGGAGGGCUGCUGCACUGUGGCCAUCAGCUCAGACCUGAGCUUCUUGUUCCCCACGCUCCUGCAGCUCUCCACCAAGGGUGAGGGUUUUGGGAGCUCCUUCCCAAGGGGUCAUAUCGGGGCUGUCCGCUCUCAAGAGCUGCAGCUGCUGGGCUGUGGGGGUGGUGGGACAGGGGGCGUCUGGGAGCUGUCUGAGCAGUGGGACGAGGUGGAGCACCUGCGGUCCGGGUACAGGGAUCGGGUACAGAAAGCUCAGGCAGAAUGGGCCACGUGGGAAGCCUGGUCGGCAGGGGAGCACCGGCAGCCGCCCAAGGAGCUCAGCACUAGCGGCCUGUGGGCUCCCCACCCUCCAGCCCAGUCCGGGGGCAAGGAGGACAAGGAGGACAAGAAGAGGUGGAGGAAGGCUGAAAACGCUCUCCCAGAAGAGGAGAUGGCAUCAGCAGCCCAGCUGAAAAGGCUCCAGCCUGGCAACCUUUCCCCACGAGCCACCCAGGUCCUGAAAAGGCUGGAGCCGCAUCAAGCACGGCGGGACAUAUUCAAGCAUGUUGUUGAGACCAACAGGCAGAAGCUGGAGCAGCAGAGGCAGCUCCCCUGCGCUCGAUGCUCGUCCGGCAACAGAGGGGAAGGUGCCAGGAGCAGCAGCUGCAGCAGCGGGGCUGCGAGCAAAGGGGCUGGGAGGCUUCCCAGCUGCCAAAGUCCACCUAAAAAAGCAAAAUAA